CGAAUGAACGGAACCCAAAAGAGCACAUGUCAUCCACGGAGUUGCGGGAUCCAAGGGUGAGCCUGCGCGGUGGUGGGAGAGAGUCCCCCAAUAGACUGCACAAUUCGAUGCAGGAGGAUUGGAGGGUGUGUACCAGAGGCGAUGUGCUGCAAUUGUUCACUUUGAAUGGCCGUAGAUUUGUGAACUCGGAGUGGUUGUUCGGUUUGAUAUAAUUAUGAAUCUUGUGCAACACUACUUAGUGCGUUCAAACCGAGUGCGAUUAUUGACUGGGACAACAUCGUUCCGAUCCAAGAAAGCAUUUUACAGCAAACAUGAGCUCCACAAAUUCAGGCCCGAUCAAUGGGACUGAAUCGUCUGUACCUUCGAGAGCUGUCCAAGUAGGGAGAGUGCGUGAAGUAAUGAAAGUGCAACCUAUGGACACUGCUUGGGACCAGCUCUGGAAAGAAAAGGUUACUCCCUGGGACCUACAAGGUGUAACCCCCGUGAUUUCCCAGUUGCUGAAAGAUAACAAAAUUCGAGAGGGCAAGGUUCUUGUGCCUGGUUGCGGCGGUGGGCACGACGUGGUAGCCAUGGGGAGCGCUGCCCGACGCGUCAUCGGCCUGGACAUAUCAAAGACAGCUCUGGAACAUGCUGAAGCGUUAGCCCAGAAAAGCCUAAAUGCUGAGUUUGUAGAGUUUGAGAAUGCAGACUUCUUCUCGUAUACUCCACCCUUCAAAUUCGACUUCAUUUUCGAUUAUACGUUUUUCUGUGCGCUGGAUCCAAGCCUGAGGCGGAAGUGGGCCGAGAAGAUGGCAGAGCUCCUUGCAUUGGAUGGGGAGCUCAUCACUCUAAUGUUUCCCCUGGAUGAUCAUCCAGGUGGGCCUCCAUUCUCAGUCUCCCUUGAGGCCUACCAGCAGGUUUUAAGUCCAUGGGGUUUUCAGCUCGUAUACUGCAAUGCCAACAUUCCUUCUGUGGAAGGACGAGCAGGAAGAACUCGCGCUGUGGGCGAGAGCCAUUUCUAAAGCUUGAAGUUUGUCGGUUUGACGCUCGAAGCAUAUGCUCAGGGUCCAAAAUUUGUACAAGUUAGCUACCACUGUUGGGGUUGUACCUACUUUGUUCUAGUAUUUCACAUUUCCAAUUCAUAGUGUUGUCUUUACAGUAACUUGUCUUUACAGUAACUUGUGGCAGAAAGGCAGAAAUUGAGCCAUUUCCAGUACUUUUUGUAUCAAAAGCUGUUCUUUUCCAAAUUACAUUUUAUUGUUUUUGAAACUCUAUGUAGUCUAGACUCAUUAAAUGACCUAUAGAGUUUAGAUAUUUUAGGUGUUUUUUAUGAUGAAUAUUUUACAUAUCUGUAACAUUUCAAAGAGAUUCCCAAUUAAAAUCUGAAAUAUUUUACAAUUGAGACUUUGA